UCGGCGCCCGUGGUACAUGGACCGGAACCUCGGGCCGACGGGUAGGAACAGAGGCCGAGAUCGUCGCCUGUCCGUGUCAGGCUCCUCCUCCCCGCUCCCCACGUCCUCCUCUGCACGACUGCUUAGCCGCGCACCGCCGCUGCUGGCCUAGCCGAGCCUCUAGGGGAGGCUGGGUGGUGGGUUCGCCGCUGCCUCGGGACUGAGGCCUACUCCACUGCCUCAGUGCUAUUGUCUCUGGGCGGGCCUGGCCGCGACCUGGGCCACUGGGCAGAGCCAAGUGCGCCGGCUCUGCGGAAGAUGCCGGACCAAGCCCUACAGCAGAUGCUGGACAGAAGUUGCUGGGUGUGUUUUGCAACUGAUGAAGAUGAUCGAACAGCUGAAUGGGUGAGACCAUGCAGGUGCAGAGGAUCUACCAAGUGGGUUCAUCAGGCUUGUCUACAGCGCUGGGUGGAUGAAAAACAAAGAGGAAACAGUACAGCCAGAGUGGCAUGUCCUCAGUGCAAUGCUGAAUACUUAAUAGUUUUUCCCAAGUUGGGUCCAGUUGUUUAUGUCUUGGAUCUUGCAGAUAGACUGAUCUCGAAAGCUUGUCCAUUCGCUGCAGCAGGGAUAAUGGUUGGCUCUAUCUAUUGGACAGCUGUGACCUAUGGAGCAGUGACAGUGAUGCAGGUUGUAGGCCAUAAAGAAGGGCUGGAUGUGAUGGAAAGAGCUGAUCCUUUAUUCCUUUUAAUUGGACUUCCUACUAUUCCUGUCAUGCUGAUACUAGGCAAGAUGAUUCGCUGGGAGGACUAUGUACUUAGACUAUGGCGCAAAUAUUCAAAUAAACUGCAAAUUUUGAACAGUAUAUUUCCAGGGAUUGGUUGUCCUGUUCCUCGAAUUCCUGCUGAAGCUAACCCUUUAGCAGAUCAUGUCUCUGCUACCCGAAUUUUGUGUGGAGCCCUUGUCUUUCCUACUAUCGCCACAAUAGUUGGUAAACUGAUGUUUAGUAGUGUUAACUCUAAUUUACAAAGGACAAUCUUGGGUGGAAUUGCUUUUGUUGCCAUAAAAGGAGCAUUUAAGGUUUACUUCAAACAGCAGCAAUAUUUACGUCAGGCACACCGCAAGAUUCUAAAUUAUCCUGAGCAGGAAGAAGCAUAAAACCAUGACUUCUGGGUCUUCUGCAGCCCUCAUCCAUGAGUCUGUUGUCUGGUUUUGAAUCCACCAUUAGUGCACUAGUGGAGACUUGUGAUAAGCUGCUGCUCCUAUAUUUUUAACAAGUAUAAUAAAGCACUUAGGGCAGGGGAAAUCCUCAGUAAUCACGGAACCUAAGGAUGUGAUUUAUUGUCAUUGUUUUAUAUGUACUUCUUUUAAGGCAGUCAUCUAAACUGUUCUCUUUGCAUGGUAAACUGGGUUCAUAUUUUCUCCAGACAGAAAUGUAAAGAUCAAUCUGUACAAAUAUAAAAAUGCAUAUGCUAUUUUAUUCUGAUGUCUCUUUUGUAUAUGUUCAUGUUCAGUAUUUUCUUAGAAUAAGCAAUUCAAUGAAGAUACUAUGAGGAUUUUUCUCAUUGGAAUAAUUUGAUUAUAUACUAAAUGAACAUGUUAAUACGUGGAAAUGUAAAUUAAAUUAGUUAUGAACAAAUAAGCCAAAAAUGUAUGUAAACAUUCACAUUAUUAUCUGAAAAAUGAAAUUUUGUUGUAUUUUCCUUAACCCAUGUGAUGUUCUCCAAAGUACAUAGGAUAAAAGUUUACAGGGCUUCCAGAUUAAAUUUUCACUAUUAAAUUUAUUUAUACAGUUUUGACAUAACAUACUUUAUGAAGUAAUUUGACUCAUGUAGUCUUGAUUACAGUGUAUAACUGUCUCAUCAGGUACAUCAAUCUCAAAUGAGGUUUUUAAAUCUAUAUUUCUAGAAAUUAGAGUUGUCAGUUUAUAGUAGUUUGAGCAGAAAAUGAUUUGCAAAAAAACAAGAACAAAAAAUAUAUUUUACUUUGCCCUUUCAGUUACUCAGAUAUUUGCUGAUCACUUCCCUCCUAAUUGCCUCAGCGCUACUGAGUGCUGUAGAUACAGUGGUGAACAGGCAGGCGUGGUCCCAGUGCUGAUUUUACAAUCAGUCAAUGAGGAGCUAAUUAUGAAAAUAAGGAUGUGUUGGAUAAAUUUUGAGGUUAUUGUUUUUGGCUAAGUCUGUUUAUUAGAAAAACAAUACUGAUGAUUUUAAAUUGUAAUUGUCACAUCAAAAAAGUUAGCACCUUAAUCAUUGUUUAACUUAGUUUUUUAUUGUUCAAAAGCAUAUAUUUAUUUUAAGCCAUUUUCUGUGGAGUGGGCAUCUUAAUGUUGUUCAACAAUCCAAAUGGUGUUUUGGUUAUUUUCAUUAAUUAAAAAUUUUAUAGAUAGUUCCAAAAACCCUGUUUUUUGUUCACAGUAUCUAAUACGUAACAGUAGUAAAUGCUUCCCCGUACUGGUAAGUGCCCACUUUAUGCGUUUAGCAAAUAUAGACUGGGCGAUGUUAGAUUGCAAUAAUGUAUGUUAAUUUUAGUUAUUAAUAACUGAUAUUUUUCUGUAGUAUUAAUGUCUUAAUUUUGAGUUAUGUAGUGUUACUGUGAAUGACUGUGGAAUAUUCAGAAUUAGAAUUUCUUGGGGUGGGAGAGAUUUGAGUGAGCGAGCCUUAUUGAGAACACUGCUACUAUUCUGAAGGGAGAAUUUUAAAUCUAUGAUUAUAUAUAAAUAUAACUUAGACUCUGUAGCUGUAAUUAUAAAGUAUAUUGGCUUUGAAUUUUUCAAUAUGAAGAGAUAUAAAGUAGACAUUUCCUGCAUAGUUUUGUUAUAUAAUAGAACAGUUCUUAGUCUUUUCUAAAGUUGCAUAUUGUCCCCUAUAUACUACUUCAAUGCCUAAGAUGAGGAAUAGCUACUGGGGUUUACUGGCAUUAAGCCCCAUGGAGGGGAGGAACAACUCUAAUCCUUGGGGGAAAGGAGAAGGGGUUUCUAGGGCUACAAAGAGAUAACAAGUGCCUGGAGUCCAGUGGCCUCUAGCCCUAAAAAUGAAUACUUUUAAGAAAGACCAUGCGCCAGCUUUCUAGGAAGGUGGCCUGCCCCAUCACAAAGCAGCAAAAUAUCAGAGGCAGUUUUUAAAAGCUGCAUUCAAAUCCUAAUUCAGCUUUUAAUAACUAUGACCCAUCAUGGCUAAGUGACUUAACUGAGACUUCUCAGCCAUAAUUCUCUUCAUCUCUGAAAUGCAAAGUAAUCAUUAGAAGACUAUUUCUAGUAGGAUUACAUAAGAAAUUAAAAGAAUAGAGGCAUUUUAAGUCCCUAAAGAGUAGUAGUUGAUUCUUAGUUGCUGAAUAGUUUGUUAGUACUCUAGGGAAAGGGAAGAAAGAGGGUAAAAGAAAGCAGUAGAGGACAAAUGAAAGUGAUGAUGCUGGCUGUAGUACACAUGCCUGUAGGCAGGAAAAUUACCAUGAGUUCAAGACCAGCCUGAGCUACAUAAUGAGAUCCUGUCUCAAAAAAACCAACCAAAUAAAAAAUUGAUGUAGACUUUUUGAGAUGGAUGGAUAUAUUUUUUGUUUUCCUGGUUAUUUUCACACUGCUUUUCUGUCACUUACAGCAACUUUAAUGUUUAAACCUCUUUUAUGAAAUCCAAUGACUAGUAGAAUUUCUGUUCUUUGUAGAUGUUAACUUAUCUCCAUUUAAGUGGCUGAAAAUAAUGUCCAUCGUUACAUAAGUAUCAAAUACUGUGAAGCAUAUACAAUUAGUGACUUAAUUAGUCACUGCCUUGCUAAUUUUGCUGUAAUUUUUUUAAACGUCUUGUUUUUAAUAUAGCAAACUUAUCUCAGUACUGGCUGGAUUAGGUUGAAUAAAGAAUUUUUAUGUUC